UUGUCCUGCAGGAAGUUCUCUUUUUAGAUCGCCAAAAUUUCUUGUUAUCUCAUAAACAGGAGCUUGUUAUCUGCCCACCACUCUCUGGUCUCUGCAGGAACCAGGAGUUUGAGUGGGAAAAAAAAAGAAGAUUUAAAACCACGCUUGAGAGUGCUCUUUCUUUCUGGGCAAUAUGGGAGUGGCAGUGAAUUACGGUAAUGGUAAGACUGCUGCUCUGCUACAUCAGCAGGGCAGCACAGCUCCUGCUGCUCCUUCCCAGUGUGGAGCUGAGCUCUGAUCCGGGCUCGGGUCCCUCCAGGGAGCCUGGAGCCAGCCCCCACAGCCGGGGGAUUCAGGGAAUCAGCCCCACUGCCAGCUGCUGGAAUACCAGUGGGAACAUAAAGGGAGCAAAGCAGAGGAUUUCCAGGCACGGAGUCCCAUCCCUGUGUGAAAGAGGAGCCUGCUGUGCUGAAUCUCCUUCCCAGAUGCUCAGAGGAGCUGUGCUGCCUUCUGGAGACUAAAGAGGGGGGUGAGGAUCUGCAGAGAGCGCAAGAGCACGGCCCUGUGCACACAGCAAACUCCACUCUUCCCCUCAGAGCCAGCUGAUGUAAAUGAGCUUUAAUCUGCGGCCCAGGACCUCGACUGAUGAGUGCUCCAAGUAUGGAAAGCUCUGACUGACAGCCUAGACCCUGAGGAUGGGUAUCUCAAAGAAAAUUGCUGAGCAGACACAGCAGCAACCUCUACCCAGUCAGGUCUCUAAGCCAAUUUUAAGGCAGAAUCAGGAUUAACACCAGGCAGUCAAAAGCGUCGGUGAUUUCCUCUCAGAAGCUAAAUUGGAGGCCCUUUGGAAUAUUUACUUUCCUUAAAUACAGAGCCUUCCCCAAAAUACAGAAAUGAUUUUAACCUGCAGCUCCAGUACUUCUCAUCACAUAACCCUGGAAAGUGGGAUAAACAGCCUCAGGUUUGUGUAGCCCCAUUUGUGCACCCCAAGGAAAAUGCAGGAGUUAAAUUUGACUCGAUACUGGUGAGUAUCAACCGUGCUAUUCUGGUGAAAGCGUAGGAGCAAAGGUAGGUUUUCUAAUAUGUUUCUGGAUCUUUCUCAUUGCUGCUGGUGCUGCAGUUUUAAGAGAUUCUUCAAAACUCUAUUCCCCAGCAAGGCCAGGCAAAUGUUGCCUAUAGGACCUUCCAAGAACUGAUCUUGUCCCUGUUCCUGCCUGGAAAGUUCAGCAGCCUCACAUGGACAUUUCCAGCCAUGGCUUUCCUCCCUGGAAACUCCUCUGAGUGCUCCAACUGCACCCACUCUGUGGAGCCCGUGAACAUUUCCAAGGCCAUCUUACUGGGUGUUAUUCUAGGGGGGCUGAUUGUUUUUGGGGUUUUGGGGAAUAUCCUGGUUAUCCUGUCCGUAGCCUGCCACAGACACCUCCAGAGUGUCACCCACUAUUACAUCAUCAACCUGGCUGUAGCUGACCUCCUCCUGACUUCUACCGUCCUGCCUUUCUCAGCUACCAUGGAGAUUUUGGGCUACUGGGUCUUUGGGAGGAUCUUCUGCAACAUCUGGGCAGCUGUUGACGUGCUUUGCUGCACUGCCUCCAUCAUGAGCCUCUGCAUCAUCUCCAUCGACCGAUACAUCGGGGUGAGUUACCCGCUGAGGUACCCCAGCAUAGUGACCGAGAGGAGGGGCCUCCUGGCCCUGCUGUGUGUCUGGGCUCUGUCCCUGGUCAUCUCCAUCGGGCCCCUUUUUGGCUGGAAGGAGCCGGCCCCCGAGGAUGAGACUAUCUGCCAGAUCACUGAGGAGCCUGGCUACGUCUUGUUCUCAGCGCUGGGCUCCUUCUACCUGCCCCUGAUCAUCAUCCUGGUGAUGUACUGCCGUGUCUACGUGGUGGCCAAAAGGGAAAACAAAGGGCUGAGCUCUGGGCUGAAGACGGAGAGAUCCCAUUCCGAGGAGGUGACCCUCCGCAUCCACCGCAAAAACGCACCCGGUGCGAGCGGCUCCGCGCCCAACCCCAAGAGCAAGCACCACUUCUCUGUGCGUCUGCUCAAGUUCUCCAGGGAAAAGAAAGCUGCCAAGACCCUGGGAAUAGUGGUAGGAUGCUUCGUUCUCUGCUGGCUCCCAUUUUUUGUAGUAAUGCCUCUUGGUUCUUUCUUUCCUGCAAUCAAACCCCCGGACACACUUUUUAAAAUAACAUUUUGGCUGGGAUAUUUAAACAGCUGCAUCAACCCCAUCAUCUAUCCAUGCUCAAGUCAAGAGUUCAAGAAAGCGUUCCAGAACGUGCUGAAAGCUCAGUGCCUCCUGAGGAAGCAGCCAGCGAAGAAGCAAACCCCCAGCUUCAACCUCAACCAUCCUGCUGGCCAGGGCAUGGAAAGUGGCAAAGGGGUGGUGCGGAUCCCUGUGGGGUCAGGAGAAACCUUCUACAAGAUUUCCAAGUCGGACGGGGUCUGCGAGUGGAAGAUCUUCUCGGCCGUGCAGGGCGUUCCCACCAAAACCGCCGUCUCCAAAGACUGCACGGCUGCCAAAGCCAAGAGCAAAGGGUUCCUGCAGGAAUGCUGCUGUCCAGGAGCUUCAGGGAGCCUCAGCCACGAGAACUGCAAAGUGCCAACCAUUAAAAUCCACUCCAUCUCCCUGAGCGAGAGCGGGGAGGAUGUGUAAGCGGCUGGGCACGCCGGGCUGCCGGCCUGGGGGCCUCGCGGGAUGGGGAAGUAGGAGUAGGUGUGGUUAUAGUUGAAAGGAUCCGGGUCUGAACAGGUGAAACAGGGCCAAAUCUUUCCAGGAAGGAUGUCUGUGAGUGCUGGGAGGAUGAGCAGAGCCACCCAAAGACUGGGCAAGGCUUCAGUGGAUGGUAUUCUGAGAGUCCAGUAUCUGCCAGGCGUUUCCUUGGCAUUUAAAGGCUUUAUCCCUCUGUUCUCCUCUUUCAAAGUUCCCACUGCUCUCAUUUAGGGGCAGUGGAGGAGAAAGAGAGAGCCACAAAGACCCUGCAGUCAACCUUUCAGCCUCGACAUUCUCUGACAGCUCCACCUUCAGAGCCAUUUUGUGAUUCCACCCCUCCCCAUAAAGCCAAACCUCAGCUGUGGAUUUCAGUCAACUCCAUUGCCAAGGAAAACUUGAUCCAAGUGACUGCACUCCACCGAGCUUCAGAAACCAAGGAGAACUUUCCCUUUUUGUACAAUCAGCCUCCCUAAUCUCCACACCAAACCAAAUGAAAAUGUGCAUGUGCCCCUGGUUUGUUCAGAUUAUCCCUGCGCCUUGAUGCGGCUCUAAUAAAACUCAAAACUAGGUAAGUCCUCAUCAAACAAGGCUCAAAGAGCUCACUUGCACUCAUCCUUUUGUUUUUCACCUUCUGAGUCCAUCAGGAACCUGCUGAAAGGCUCAGCAAUUCCUUGCUCAGGUGCUCGAUAGCCAGAUCAGUGCCACAGUCACUGGAAAAGCUGCAGAUUUUUCUUGUCUCCCUGCCCAGUGUUUUGCUACAUUCCUUUUCCCGACUCCUUCAAUACCAAGUGCUCAAAGCUUUCUGUGAGAUCCUGGGUACUCUGGAGUCAGGAACUUUCCCCUUGUUCUGAGCAGGGGGAGUUAAGCAUGUUAAACAGCUUAAGGACAUCCAUCCCCAUGAGAAAGGGCCGUCCCUUGGGAAUUUGGGAGCAAAGCAUUUGGAAGCAUGUUAUAUUUUAAUACAGCUAAUCCAAAUAAAUAAAUAAAUGAGAUGGACGGCAUCUGGAAGAAAUAGUGGGAGGAAUUCUCUGUACAAUAUUAGAAAUAAGCAGCUCUUGACAUGACUGCUCCCGAGCCUGCCAAGUAAGAAUUCAGCUCCUUGAAACAACACAUGAGCCCCUGCUCUUGUCUGUGUCAGCUCCUGUGCUGAGGAUCCACUGCCUUGAAAAGGGAAAGGGCUCGAGAUGCGUGUCAUUAUCACAGGACAGUGCCUUGAAACAACACCUUGGUAGUGUUGAUGAGAAAUCAUUAUUUAUCUCUCACUCACUAUUAAGUCCCCAGUGUCAAGAGGAUUUGUCUCCUGUGUCUUUUAUUUAUGCACUCCCAGAACACAAACCUGUAGCAUGAUCCCAGUUUUAGUUUAAAUAAGGAAUCCACCUCUCUAUUAAAGUUCUUCAGGCCCAGAAUUUGAAGCGAAAAGUGUGGAAAUACCACGUAAGAAAAUAUUCUCAUGGUGCUUCAAGCCAAGAGCAGAAGGAGAAAAGCUGGAAAUCUCAUAAGAAAGUCACGUGAGACUCAUGGCCGAGGUUUCCAGUCUCACAGGGCUCAGAUACGUGGGACGUGUAUUUGGACAAAACCUGAACUUUGAAACAUUUUGAAAAAACACCCCUUAAAUUGAGCAAGGCUGGCAAGAUUUAAAGUCUUCAGUGCACACCCUUGGUGCCCAACCCUGUCUUAUUCUACAACCAAUACUUAUUUUAUAACCAGAAAGGUCCUUUUUGCCAUCUCUCCUUUGGAGCUGGGAGAUUUACACAGGGUUGCUGCAGUAAUUUCAGAUUUAUUGAGGUAUCAUGGUGUCAGGCAAGGAGUUGUUGUGGAGCUACACAUGGAGGCUGCCACAACUGGAUUAAUUUAACUCCAGAGCAGUCCUGAUGCAGCAAUAUAAUCUGACCCUGUAAGAUGAAGAUAAAUAAGUCAACCUGAUGCUGGCAGUGUCAGGAUGGACGUGGAUAUAGCACAGUUCUCCUGCAUGGCAGAGACAGAGGUUGGAAUAAUGAAGUCUUGGUCUCAUUUUCAUCCUUUUUUUUGUCACCAAACAGAUGCUAAGGGACCUCUCUGUGUCCAGUGACUCUGGAAAGCUCCCAGCCUUCAGCAUCAGGUGAGCCUGGUCCCAGCCACGCCUCUGCUGCUGCCAGGUUUGCCAGCAAAAACAAACACAGCAUUUGCUUGGCUUCCCCAGAGAAUUUCUGCAGGAAAACUGCCUUGUUCCCUUGUCGCAAGAAGGGUCAUUGGCACUUGUCAUCUCAGUGGAUAUUUGGACUGAAAAUUCUCAAAAACCAUAGAAGGAGCUCUAGGAAACAGAAAAAGAAAAAACGUGCAGAUUGAAACAGCCCAUUUUUUUCUGUUAUUUAAAGUGAACUUGGCACUGGUGAAAGAGCUGCAGCCACGGAGGCUGAAUGUAUCUGUCAGUCUGAAAGCACAAACAGGACAAGGCUCUGAUGUCCCAGAGGCUGGACAUCAGUCAUCACUUGUAAAACCUUCCCAGCAUCAGGAGUGUGUGGUGUGAAACCUGGCAGGAGCACAGGGCAGAGAUCAGAGAGGGGCCAGAUGGGGAGUGAGAACAGCCGAGUGCUGGGAGGUCCCCUCGAAGCCACCCUGACCUGGCAGUGGAAAUGUCCUGCCUGAAACCUCCGAGGGAUGGCUCUGACAUCCCACCAAGCUCUGGGAUCUCUGCUGGGAGUGACAGCCAAGAUUUCCAUGCUGGGGGGAGCACAGUCUCUGCUGCAAAGAGCUGGGGGCUGGAGCAUCACAGGGAGGAUUUAAUUUGCACAGACUGAGGUGAAGCAGGUCACCAACCCCUCUUCAUCCCAGGGCAGGGAAAGUUCAGUAGUCCAGUUUCCACACUCAAUUCAGAUCUACUGUCUGAUGUUUUUGAGGCUUUGUGUACUUUGCAAGAUUAUUCAAAUCCCAAAUAUUUAACUUCUGCCCACUAUCCAAAUAAAUGUCUUCUCAUUUUUAUAUUCUUUAUUUUGCUCCACCAACUCCAAGGAUAAAUUGUGCAUUGUGUUAAGGAAUAUUCUCCUUUUCCAGGCCUGAAUGUCCUGAAAAUCAAUAGCACUGAAAAGAAGAAAGAUUAUGCCAGGAAUAUUUCUUGCUUCUCUGCUUGGAGUAAGCAAAUGGGUUUCACACUGCUUCUUUAUAAAAUUUCCCUGCCUGACUUUCUCAGUUUCCUGAAAGGCAACACUGACAGGCUGCAGCACCUUAUUCUGAUUGAAGUCAGUUAAAAAAGGUCUUAUUGCUCUGCAGAAGUGCAAGUGCCCAGUUCUAGGUGUGCCUGUCGGCCUUGAGCUACUGCUGCUCGUGUCUCAGUGGAGUUUUAUUAGGAACUUCAUUUUAAAAUAAAGCUACUGAGGCACAGAGCAACUCAGUGAUUCAUCCAGCAAGGUUUCAGCUGGCCCAGGCUGAAUCCCUGCUGGGUAAUCAACUCCACAUCCUACCCAGAGAUACCUUGAUCCUCUUUCCUGUCUUAAUGUGGUUUGGAUAAGCAAGACAAGGUUGAAAAUGAACUCGAGGGGACAGGCUGUUGACACCAAUUAUUCCCAGAUGAUCUCUUCCGACAGCAGAGCUAAAGAGAAAAGCCAGUUGGUCUUCAAAGUGUUGCACUUAGCUCCAGACAGAUUUGGGACCUGCACCAGUGUUAUCCUUUGCCAGGAAGGAAAAAAUCCAACAGGUGGUGAGAGAGCUGCUCUCACAGCAGCAUCUGCUCUCUGCCUGCACCCCUCACACACUCAAAUGUUUGUGAAGGUACUUCAUAAACGACGGUGUUACAAAAACCACAAGAUACUACAGAGGUGCAUUAAAAUACAGCUCUUCCCCCCAGCUUGAUAGAUGUAAUUGAAGCUCUGAUUUCCCGGGAGAAGACGGAGCAUUUGUCUCAGGGAUUGGAGUGAAAUGUCAUUCCUUCUCCACAGAGCACGCUGCAUAUUUCUCAUGCUGACAGAGAAGGAGAAAAUAGCAAAUGUGAGCUAAGGGGAAAUGAAUUGCUGAGGAGGAGAGCUCUGGAUGGCGACCAUCACACGAGAAAUAGCACAUCCGUCAGUCCCACGAUGGCUCAGAGCUCUGCUUAAUGCACAUUUGUGUCUCAGCACUGAGCCCAAACCCAGGGCAGCCUCUCCUUACUCACCCUGCUAACAUCAAGAUCUUUCUCAGAGUCAAAAACCUCCACGUGUUAAUGGUGAAAAUAAAUAUGAUUUUACAGCUCUCAGUGUCUCAACCAAAGAAUGAGACUUUCUCGCAUUAAUCCAAAUUUUUUUUAUCAGCUGCCAACUCAGCCCUUGUAAACCAUUUUCUGAAGUAGGAAAACACAAACCUGCCCAGAAUUUCAGCAGAUUUCCACUUUCAAAGCAAGUCCACUCAGCCAACGAUAGAAAACCUUCCUCAAUUUCACUGAAUACUCAGUUCUUCCUGACAAUAUGACUGUGGGAAUUGUAUACAAUUUUUGCUUUGCCAGUUUUUGGCUGCAAAAAAUUGGUUUUGUUUUUUUUUUUUCUUCUGCCUGCAGAAGCUUUUUUGCCUGGAUGUUGUGCAAGUUUGACUGGUUUUAAAAGAUUUCUCCUGAAACAGGCAGUGCAUUUUCUGAAUGUGGUGUUCUUGUGUCAUUGAAUUUUCUAUGUGCUGUUUUCCAGCUUUAUCAUGUUUGAACAGUCCAUGCUGGUCAUUUCCCUGAACAAAAUACUGAAUGUAUAUGAAAUCUUGCUAAGGUGAACAAAUAAAAUUUCUGGGGGGAAUGUGCACUUUGGGAUAUGUGA